AUGCCGCUCAACGCGAUCCACGGUUACUAUCCUACCUUUCCGGCGCCUGUCGAGAAGCCCAGACCUGCAGCAGCAGCAGCUUCCGGCGAGCCCACGUCGUCCGCGGCGGAUGAGGGCGAGCAGACCGACUGCGACAGGGUCAGGAUUCGCUUCACUCACGAGGAGCUCAAGAAAAUCGGCGACCUGCUGGACCACCGGAAGAAGAACGACGAGCUGGCCGUGCUGUUGAGGAGGAAGCUAUCUAUCGGACCAGCGGGUGGCCAGGGGCAGCGGGUCGAGCCCAGGGAUGAGGCUGAGGACGAUGCUGGGCACGAUGCCAACCCUGAAGCCGGGCCUGGUCAUCAUGAGGGAAAUCAGAGGGUCAGCGAUGCUGACAUGCUGUUCGAGAUUGAGGUGGAAGACGUUAAUUCCCCAUCUGGUGUUGGUGUUGAAUAA